AUGGAGAUACCACAUCUUGUCGACAACCUUGAUGAACUAUCAUGGUUCUUUAUCUCUUCACCACCUCCACCAAUGCAUACCGAGUGGACUUUUGAAGAGAACAAGUUGUUUGAGAACACUCUUGCUGAGUUCGACCUUAAUUCUAUGGACUUAUUUGAGAAGAUUGCUUCCAGGAUUCUCGGAAAAACAGUUGAUCAAAUCAAAGAGCACUACGAAUCACUAGUUGAAGAUGUUGAGAUGAUUGAAUCAGGUUUUGUUCCAUUACCUGAUUAUGAAAUAAUUAAGAAUGAUGGGAAUGGAUCAACCCUUACAGUACAAAACAACUUUAAUUAUCAACAAAGGAGGAAAGGCGGUCCUUGGACUAAGGAAGAACAUGGGAACUUUCUAAUUGGAUUGGCGAGGUUCGGCAAGGGUGACUGGAGGAGUAUUUCCAGACAUUGUGUACAGACUAGGAACCCGACCCAAGUUGCUAGCCAUGCCCAAAAGUAUUACAUCCGCCUCCAGAAAUCUAAUGUUGCCCAGCAAAAUGCCAAUUCAACCAUGGCUUUGUCUUCCCGUUCAUCAAAGCCCGGUGAUCGUGACACUUCCACCUCUGGCCAGUCAUCUACCGGGAUCCCAUUUCAUCCAUACCAGAGCUCAUAA